GAGGCAACAAAAAUUGGAAUCACUAUGAAUCUAUAUUAUCUCAAGAUAAUGUUAUUAAUGUCGAUUCUGAAGAGUUGGAGAAGAGGAAAAGACGUGCAGCGAGAUUCGGAAGUUCUUUGGAUUCUUACCAAUCGGAAAAACCAAAAAAUAACAAUUUAACAAGUACGGGGAAAAAUGAUGAUUUAAUUUAUUCUGGGAAAGUAAUUUCCAAUAAAAGUGAUGGAAAAAAUAAAAAAACACAUGGAAAAGAUAAGGAUACAAUCAUAUACACUAUGGAAGAUGUGAUGAAUUUUCUUGAAGUGUUAUUGUUAGAAUGGAGAUUAGCCACAAUCUUGAAGUCAUCAUUAUGCGAUAACGCGAUUACCUCACCAUCAAAUCACUCUUCGGUCUCUAGGUAUUUUGGGAAACAACAUCGGUUGAAAGCUCAAGAUUGGUUUAUCGAGAAGUCUCGGCCUGUUAGCUUAAAGGAGUUAGGAUAUUGGAAUAAAUUAUUUUUGUUAAUGGAUAUGGAGUAUGAUAAUGAACAGCAGUGGUUGGUUGACGAUACUACGCAGAAAUUGAAAGAAUUGAACAUUAGCGAUUUGAAAGAGCAUAUUAUAUAA